UGAUCCCAGCUUGUCGAUAGCUUGAAAUUAGCUUCCUUCCUGGUCAUGGCUUUGGCGGUUGAAAAUAUUUCCAUCGGCGGCGGCUGGGUUGAAGCGGACUGCUUGAGCGAGGCGGAUUCACAAUCGAAGAUAACACCCUUCUUUUUUUUGUGCUUUUUUUGAUGUCACACUCACAGGGUCAAAUGACUCAUCAACUGAUCCCUGCUAGAGACAGUACCACGUCUCUCAACAGCAGCGAGGUGCAUUUAAAGCCCGUUCCGACUGGCCCCAGUGCUUCCCUUCCUUGCUUGUUUCAAGUCGCCAUACAUUUCAAUAUCCUCCAGUCCAAUAUUUUCUACCCGCUCAUACCAUUCUUACAAUCCAGUCUCCACCUAUUUUUUCCAGCUAGCUUAUUUGUACCAUCGAGCAAGCAUCGCUUUUAUUACUGCCAGUUUUGAGUCAUCAGUUAUGUCUGCCAAUCUCAACUUGCCUCAACAACCCCGCGAGGAUGGUCUUCAAUCAGCCCUUCCUACUCCGGACCAAUCCACUAGAAUUUCUCCCGUGAACAAGGCGAACGCGUUACCCCUCUGCUGGGGUCAUCGAGGAGCAUCAGCUACUUUCCCGGAAAACACGCUGUCUUCAUUUGAAGCCGCAAUCAAGGAUGGCGCAGAGGGCAUCGAGAGCGAUGUCCACGUUUCCGCCGAUGACGUCGUCCUGAUGUUUCAUGACCCAUCCCUCGAGCGCACAACCGAUGGUGAAGGCAUGAUUGCCAGCUUGCCGUAUGUCGGCGGGAUCGAUCGCAUCCGUACUCUUAAAGCUCCUCAUCAAAAGAUCCCAACCUUCGACGAGACGAUGACCUUGCUGAUGUUGAAAGAAAAUCAACACGUCGUCUUUAACAUUGAUUGCAAGCCGAACAACGAUCCUGAGCGUUUGUUCACACUCAUCAAGGCCUCAAUUGAGCGAUUUGAGGAUCAUGCUCUCCUCCUCAGCCCUCGUCUCGUACUCGGGCUGUGGCAUCCCAAAUUCCUGGAACCCUCAGCUCGUCUUCUACCUGGCCUGAGAAAGGCUUAUAUUGGUAACUCGCCAUCGAUGGCCAGGAAAUACUUUUGGGACGCAUGUCAAGGAUUCAGCAUGAAGUUUUCAUGCCUCGUCGGCUGGGAAGGCUUGUCGUUCCGCGAGGAUUGCCAAAAGGCAGGCAAAAGCCUUCUCGUUUGGACUGUUAACGAUCGACAGGAAAUGAUCGAAGCUUGCAAGUGGGGCGUCGACGCGAUCCUGACUGAUAAGACCGCGGAUUAUCUAGCCCUUCGUCAAGAAAUGAAAGAUGACUGGAGCGCUGUCACUGCCGAGACUUCAGCUCUGUUCCCGUACUCAUCGAUACAUUACAAUGGACUCGUUUCGUGGCUGUGGGGCAGAUUCGAGUCAUACUCUCUAUCUCGCUCGGUGGGGCCGUUCCACCCCAUGACUACCCAAUGACGGUUAUGUUAUGACCUGGCAUCAUUUUUGCUUUUACCAAUGAGCCUUGCUUUCUGAUAUCUGUAAUCCUAGUAAUCCCAUUCGCCUUCAAUUAACCAUAUGUUAUAAACACAUAGUCACUUGAGCUAGCUCCCAGACCAUGUACAACUUACAUACUUGACCUUUCAGAGGUCUCCUAUGCAAAUAUGAAUAAAGAUUUCAUCCAAUGUAGAGAUAUACUGGUAGCUGAAGUGUAUGUGAACAAUCUCGCUGGUGCCAGAAGUAUUACAAAAAUUCAGUGCCUUCUUUGCACCCCAGGUCUCUCUCCC